CCAGUGCUGAAGCUGGAUGCGCUAGUGUUGAAGCAGCUCAAUGAACGCGGCAUCGCCGAGGGAUUUCCACGCCUGAUCGCAGCCGGUCGAACGACGCUUUACAAAUAUAUUGUCAUGGAACUGGUUGGCCCCGACCUGCAACGCCUGCGACGAGCUACGCCCACUAAAAAGUUUAGCCUAUCAAGCUCGUUGCGAAUUGCAUCGCAGACGCUGGACCGCAUAGAAGCACUACACGACUGCGGAUGGCUGUGCCGCGAUGUAAAGGCCAACAAUUUUUGCAUCGGCAAAGAGAACACCGGAAUGAUUUACAUGCUCGAUUUUGGUUUCGCACGAAGAUUCGUGCGCGAGAAUGGUACACUGUUAGAACGACGCAAAGCUGCUGGCUUAAUGGGCACAAUUUAUUAUGCUUCACUGAAUGCACAUGACUUUUCGGAACAGUGUCGAAAAGACGAUCUAGAAUCGUGGUUUUAUAUGAUCAUCGAAAUGAUAGUCGGCAGCUUGCCGUGGCUUGUUUGUGAUCCGAAAGACGAGUAUCUGCUUGUCGGAGAGUGGAAGAAAUUUAUUCGUGGACCAGGGCGACAGAUUCUACUUGCUGGAACGCCGGACGAAUUUAACGAAAUUCUGGAUGUUAUCGACCAAACAGCAUUUAUCGCUCGGCCAAGGUACCGUGUGAUUCAUGCAAUGAUUGAGCGCGCCAUGGACCGCCUUCAGGUUGAUAGGAAGAAACCAUUUGAAUGGCAGGAAGAUCCCACGGUACUGCAGAGGAGCACAACCAUUGGCGAAUUCAGUGAAACAAACCAAGACAACAAAGCGCUCCAAGUAAAAGAAAUCAAAGAAGAAGCUGUUGCUUGUGAGACUUGA